AUGACAGUUGUUGGUGCAGCUCAAAGUGCAGCACUGAAGUGCAGAAGUGAUUUGUAUAUCGGAGUUCUCGGAGGCUGGCACAGCUCAGAUGACAAUGUUCGUGGACGUGAGAUGCAUGUGGCCAGUGUUAUUGAAUGUGUCCUGAGAUGUAGGUGCCUGAACUGGUUCAGAGUCCUGACUUCUGAGAGGAUGAUUUCUUGUUCCCGUUUCCAUUUGUUCUUCAUGAUCACCCUUUUGUAUGGUUUCUGGUACAACGUGGCAUCACUAAACCUCGAGGACCCUAAUGUAUGCAGUCACUGGGAGAGAAUAAGUUAUCGUGCAGCCUAUCGGCGUGGUGAGAAAACAAUGUAUCGCCGUCGUUCUCAGUGUUGUCCAGGAUUUUACGAAAGCUUGGAGAUCUGUGUUCCUCACUGUGCUGAGAAAUGUGUCCAUGGAAGAUGCAUCGCCCCCAACACCUGUCAGUGUGAACCAGGCUGGGGAGGCCUAAAUUGUUCUAGUGCAUGUGACAGUAACCAUUGGGGCCCACACUGUAACAACCGCUGUCAGUGUAAGAAUGGAGCUCUGUGUAAUCCCAUCACUGGAGCCUGCUUCUGCACGCCUGGAUACCAAGGUUGGCGAUGUGAGGAGAUCUGCAGUUUUGGAACGUAUGGGAAUGGAUGUCAUUUAAAGUGCCAGUGUCAAAAUGGGGCAACGUGUGAUCACGUGACUGGCGAAUGUAAAUGCCCACCAGGAUACACUGGCGCAUUUUGUGAAGAUCUGUGUCCACCAGGCAAGCAUGGACCUCAGUGUGAAGAGCGAUGCCCUUGCCAAAAUGGUGGGGUGUGUCACCAUGUUACAGGAGAAUGCUCAUGCCCCCCAGGAUGGAUGGGAACAGUAUGUGGCCAGCCUUGUCCUGAGGGAAGAUAUGGAAUAAACUGCUCACAGGAAUGCCAAUGCCACAAUGGUGGCCAAUGUGACUCAGCCACUGGUCAGUGCCAAUGUGGAGCUGGCUACACAGGAGAGAGGUGUCAGGAUCAAUGCUCCUUUGGGACAUAUGGAGAAAACUGUGCUGAGAGGUGUAGUUGCCUCAAUGGAGGAGUGUGUUACCAUGUCAAUGGUGCAUGCCUCUGUGAAUCAGGCUUCACGGGAGAUUCCUGCGAGAUUCGGAUGUGUCCCGACAGAGUUUACGGAAUAAACUGCGACAAGAGCUGCCCCUGCCAUCCAGAGACCACACUGAGCUGUCACCCCAUGUCUGGCGAGUGUACAUGUAAACCUGGAUGGUCUGGGCUAUACUGCAAUGAGACAUGUGCCCCUGGAUUUUAUGGUGUAUCUUGUCAUCAAAUCUGCAGCUGCCAAAAUGGGGCUGACUGUGACAGCGUAACUGGCAAAUGCAUCUGUGCCCCGGGGUAUAAGGGAUCUGAUUGCUCAAUUCCUUGUCCGGUUGGUACCAAUGGAGUCAACUGUUCCUCUUCCUGUGACUGCAAAAAUGGAGCAGUUUGCUCACCUAUAGAUGGUUCAUGCACUUGUAAGGCAGGUUGGCAUGGAGUUGAUUGUUCGAUUCCCUGCCCUCGUGGUAAGUGGGGUCUUGGCUGUAAUUCGACUUGUCGCUGUGCCAAUGGAGGAGCAUGUAAUGCUCAGGAUGGAACCUGCACCUGUCUGGCAGGAUGGCGAGGGGAUAAGUGUGAACAUCCAUGUCAGGAUGGUUCCUAUGGAAUGAACUGCAGUGAGCGUUGUGACUGCAGUCACGCUGAUGGUUGUCAUGCCACCACUGGUUAUUGCCGCUGUCUUGCUGGGUGGACAGGUAUACACUGUGAUAGUGUGUGUGCGGAAGGACGCUGGGGACCAAACUGUACGCUGCCAUGUAAUUGCAAGAAUGGUGCUUCCUGUUCACCCGAUGAUGGAGCUUGCGAGUGUGUGCCUGGAUAUAGAGGCACGACCUGUCAACGCAUCUGUUCACCUGGGUUCUAUGGACAUCGUUGCAGUCAGGCGUGUCCUCAAUGUGUGCACAGUAACGGGCCAUGCCAACAUGUCACAGGGCAGUGUGACUGCUUACCUGGUUUCACGGGAGCUCUCUGCAAUGAAGUGUGUCCCAGCGGUCAUUUUGGGAAAAGCUGCGCUGGUUUCUGUACUUGUACAAACAAUGGGACAUGCAAUCCCAUUGAUGGUUCCUGCCAGUGUUACCCAGGAUGGAUUGGAAGUGACUGUUCUCAAUCCUGUCCACCUGGAUACUGGGGUCCAAACUGUAUCCACACCUGCAACUGCCACAAUGGAGCCCACUGUAGUGCGUAUGAUGGGGAAUGCAAGUGUACACCAGGCUGGACUGGACUGUACUGCACACAGAGAUGCCCAUUAGGUUAUUACGGCAGGGAUUGUGGCGAACUGUGCCAGUGUCAAAAUGGAGCAGACUGCGACCAUAUCUCAGGGCAGUGCACCUGUCGUAUUGGAUUCAUGGGCAAACAUUGCCAGCAAAGAUGUUUACCAGGCACCUAUGGUUAUGGCUGUCGCCAGGUGUGUGACUGUUUGAACAACUCCACGUGUGACCAUAUUAAAGGCACCUGCUAUUGCAGUCCAGGAUGGAAGGGUUCAAAGUGUGAUCAAGCGGGGGUUAUAAUUGUGGGAAAUCUAAAUAGCCUCAGCCGGACCAGCACUGCCAUUCCUGCUGAUUCGCAUCAAAUUGGGGCAACAGUGGGGAUUGUCAUCCUGCUCCUGAUUGUCCUCUUUCUCCUGGUGCUCUUCAUACUGUAUCGCCGAAAACAACAGGGAAAGGAGGCUAACAUGGCAGCCGUCACCUACUCUCCCGCUCUGAGAGUCAUGAAUGCGGAUUACUCUAUUUCAGAAAAUAUGCAACAAGGUAAUGCUGGGAAUGCAAACAGCCAUUAUUUCUCCAACCCAAGCUACCAUACCUUAGCACAAUGUGGGAGCCCCCCUCACGUCAACAACUGUCAACGGAAUGGGUCUGGAAAGGCAAAAAACAAUCAACUUUUCGUAAACUUCAAAAAUCUCAAGGGUUCAGGAAAGCACGGUUCCAUUUUGGACUACACAGCAACACUGCCUGCAGAUUGGAAGCAAGGUGGCUACCCGAAUGAUUUAGGUGGUGCUUUUGGUGUUGACCGAGGUUAUGUUGGAAAAUCACUUAAAGAUCUGGUGAAGAAUUCGGGCUGUAGUGUCAGCACCUGCUCACUCAACAGCACUGAAAACCCAUAUGCCACCAUCAAAGACCCUCCAGUUUUUACAUCUAAAAACUCAGAGUGUGGUUACGUUGAGAUGAAGUCCCCAGCUCGCAGGGACUCACCAUAUGCCGAGAUUGGCAAUUCCACUUCAGCCAAUAAAAACGUCUAUGAAGUUGAACCAACAGUAAGUGUCGUCCAAGGAACAUACUGCAACAACGCACCUUUAGGUCAGGAUCCCUACGAUCUACCCAAGAACAGCCACAUUCCAUGUCAUUAUGACUUGCUUCCGGUCCGAAAUAGUCCUUCACCGUCACAGAACACAGAUGACAAUGAAUGAGUGAAAUGGCUUCAAUUUACUGUUGGCAAAUUGUCGAGGUUACACACCUCUGUCGGGGGUUAUCAGAAGAAUACUGAUCAAUGUCUUGCCACCUCUUCUGGCUCGUGUUUAGAUGAUGAUUUAACUCCAGAGCUCAGCUGAAGUGCAAAUGGUGAGCAGGGAAACAUUGGAGACUGCUAGACCACAAAAAAGGACUCCCCCGCUUUUUAAAAUGUCUUUCUUACUUUUCAUAAUUUUGAGGUGUCUGAGAUUUUUUGAGGACUGAGAUUAAAUUGGUGUCUGCUUUACAGACAUGUAGAAUUAUUUGGGCAUUUGAGGCUAAGAGUUAUACCCUGGUACUCACAUAGUGAAAAUAAAAUGUCAGUGAAAACAUUUUUUGUCCAACGUUUUCUAGAAAGAAGAUCCAUCUCAUUCCUUAAUUGCUACAAGUAUUUCUUUUGAAACAAAUCAUUCCAUGUAUGCAUUACUAACAUUUAAUGUAACAUAUUACGGAUAAUUUCUUCAAAUAGGUCAUUUAGAAAUAUUUUAGUUCUUUAUAUUUUUCCUGGAACUUGGCUCAACUGAGGAAAACUUGAAGAAAACAAUCAAAUGACACUGCAUGAUCUUAAGCAAGGCGCAAUUAAUUGCUGAAUCCUUGAAUUCAGAAAUUAAAACACGCAUUUUUCUUGUAUUAAUGAAAGGGAGAUUUCCAUUGCAUUGUAGCCUGACCCAUAUGUCUUUGAAUCUGUGCAGCCGCAGCCAUUCACUGUUCCUAUCUGCGCGCUAUUUGUAAAAUAAGCCAAUGCUGUGCUUAAGC